UCCCAAGAGCUGCCUCCUGCUCCGCUCCGGCAACAUCUGACCAACAUCCACCGCACCGACAGCAGCGAAGCCCGGUUAAAGUCUCUCCGCGCCGUCUCCAGGGACACUGAGAUCCGCAGGUAUUCCAGAGUGAUCUGAGCUUGGUUCAACAUGCUUGGCAUCUGCGUGUGCCUCUGUGCGCUUUUCUCACACGUCUUGUCUCAAGAGGCAGAGGAGCCCAUCUCUUACACAUGUACUGAGGGCUAUGAAUAUGACAGUGCCCGAGAACAGUGCAGAGACAUUGAUGAGUGUGUCCUGCUGGAUGAUGCCUGUAAAGGAGGGAUGCAGUGUAUUAACCACUUUGGUGGGUAUCUGUGCCUGCCCAAGAAUGCAGUGAUCUACAUCAGUAAAGAGGCCACAGAUGUGGUGUCAGAGGUGGGGCCCCCUGUGGCCCCUGUGGCCCCUGUGCAGCCUCAGCCACCCCGGGUGUUUCCUGGAGGGAGGGGGGCCUCUCAGACGACCCGCACUGUGCACUGUGCCCCUGGAUUCAUCGCAGAUGAUCAGAACCUGUGCAGAGAUUUAGACGAGUGUGCAACUGGGAGGCACACAUGUGGUCCAGAGCAGUCAUGUGUAAACACCAGAGGCUCCUUCACCUGCCAGUGUCCCCAGGGUUACCAGAGGAGCGGGGAACACUGCGUGGAUAAAGACGAGUGCUCUCUCACACAUUACUGUAUGCACCGCUGUGUGAACGCUCCAGGCUCUUACUACUGCGAGUGCAACGUGGGCUACAAACUGGCCAGCAACAAUCACAGCUGUGUGGAUGUGAAUGAGUGCGACGUGCAGAGUCCGUGUCAGCAUCACUGUUAUAACCUGCUGGGCUCCUUCCUGUGCCAGUGUGAGCAGGGCUUUGAGCUGGCCCACGACUCCGUCUCCUGUCAAGACAUUGACGAGUGCAGUUUUUCCAGCUACAUGUGUCAGUACCAGUGCAUCAACACAGCGGGGAGCUACUCCUGUGAGUGUCCAGAGGGAUACCAGCUCCAAGGAAACAGGCUCUGCCAAGAUAUCAAUGAGUGUGAGAUGGGCACUCACAACUGCCAAGAGGAUGAGAUGUGCUGGAACUAUUAUGGAGGCUUUCGCUGUUACCCCAGAAACCCCUGUGAGCCGCCAUACACCAAAAGCUCUGAGAAUCGCUGUAUCUGCCGCUCACCCACUGAGUGUCAGAACCUCCCUCCCUCCAUCGUUUACAAAUACAUGAGUAUCCAGGCGGACCGCACUGUGCCUGCAGACAUCUUCCAGAUUCAGGCCACCAACAUGUAUGCCAACACUCACAACACCUUCAGGAUCAAAGCGGGCAACGAGGGAGGAGAGUUCUUCCUCAGGAGGUCCAGUAACGUGAGCGCCAUGUUAGUGAUGACCAAGCCACUGUCCGGUCCCAGGGAGUGUGUGGUGGACCUGGAGAUGGUCACGCAUCACAUGACCAUGAACUACAAGGCCAGCUCCCUGCUCCGGCUCACUAUUAUUGUGGGCCCGUACUCCUUCUGAGCUCUCUUCUUCUACAAAACAGCAAAAGCCUGUAACGAAGCCAGAGCUAACUUACUGUACAUAUGUUUACAUUGUGAGCAACAGUGAUGUCAUGUGUUCAUAAGAUUACUUUUCCUGACAGUCAAAAGCUUAAAGCACUAUGUAACUUUUUUGGUUUGGGGUCCGUCACCUGCUUGUUUCUAUGGAUAUGUCAUUGCUCUGCCUGGAAUGUUCCACAGCAUAACAUUAAACAGAUCUGCCUUACAUUUAUUCAACUACAGGUGUUUUUUUUUGCUUAAAAAUACAUAGAAAAACAGGCAUUCUGACUGUGAGCGGGGUUGCCUCUCCACAGAUCUGACCUGUAAUUUGGUUUGAUUUGGUCUCCAUGAAGACAUUCCAGAUUAAGCAAUGACAUCUCCAUGAAGAAAAGCAUUUGUUGGACCCUCCACCAGAAAAGUUACACAAUACACCUUUAUUUGAUACUUUGCAGCUGAUGUCAUCCACUUUCUUUGGGGUUGUGAUGCUAACUGUAGGCACUGUUCUGUUUGAGACUUUGUUAGACUUUAAUUAGACUUUUAUUUUAAUGUAAUCUCACCAAAAAGUACCAUCUUAGUUAGAAUUAUAACAAUUAUAACAGGUGUAAAGAUAACAUUAGCCAGCAGUUUUUCAGUUAGUCACUCUCACCUUUUUGUUGAAAAUCAAACACCUAAACAAGACCAUGAAAUCCAUUUUGUAUUUUUUCUUGAGUUUCCAGACGAUCUUAAAAUUUAUUUGGCUGUAAAAUUUAGCAAACUUAAUGUGUGCAGUGUCUCCAUGGUAACUGUUUAACAUUCCACCAUAGAGAUACAUGUAGAACUCCACCAGCGUAAUGUCACUGCAAAGUAUCAAUCGGAAACAAUGGGUGCGUUCACACUUGUCUUGUUUUGAUCCUGG